AUGUCUCGACCGACAACCAAUGUGCGGCGCUCAGCCAAGACCGAGUAUAUCGAGACGGACACCGGCAACAAAAUCUCCCGUCGCGCGCACAUUGAAGGCAAAUCGAACAUCAUGCUAGGCGGCAAAUCCGWCGUGAUGGCAGGUGUGCAGCYGCGAGGCGAUCUCCAAAGAAUACCGGACCCAUCUGCAGACGGUGAGUCGCCAAAAUCACCUCCAACUGCCAUCACCAUCGGAAAAGCGAGCAUUAUUUCCACAAAUUGCUCAAUACAUCCCCCCAUGCGAAUGCAUCACGGCAAAAUGUCCUACUAUCCCAUGAGAAUAGGAGACAAUGUCUUCAUCGGUCAUGGCACUCAUGUGUCGUCUGCCACCAUCUCAUCACACGUGCACAUUGGUGAGAACUGUGUGUUGGGUGCUUUCAGUAUGCUGAAAGAGCACAGCAAAGUUCUGCCCAAUACAGUGGUCCCGCCCAACAUGAUCGUCCCGCCUGGUACCAUCGUGGCUGGCCGACCUGCUCGAAUCAUCGGCGAGGUGGGUGAUGGAUAUGGGCAAGGAACUGCUGGCGAAGGCGAGGAAUGGAUUGAAGGUGGCGAUCUUCGAAGUCUCGUGAGAAGUAUCAAGUGA